GCGGACGGGAGGCUGCGGUGGGUGGGCUACCUCUCGACGACGAGCGUGUACGGCGACCACGACGGUGGGUGGCCCUCGCGGCGAACCUUCUCGGAGCCUUCUCCCACAGGCGCGCACCGUCUCGCCGCCGAGCGGGAGUGGCUGCACGUCGGCCAGCGAGCUGCCGCGCCGCCUCGCGCGUGCUGCUUCCGCCUGGCCGGCAUCUACGGCCCCGGACGCUCCGCACUCGAUACGGUGGCGCGAGCGGCGGCGGUGCGGGCCGACAAAGGCGCGGGCGAGGGCGCGGGGGAGGGGGGGGGGGAGGGUGGACCGCCGCCGCCGCCGCCUGUGCGGUACGUCUCCCGCAUCCAUGUCGAGGACAUCUGCGCCGCGCUGCUCGCGUCGAUGGUGCAGCCGGCA